AUGUCUGGAAGUUUCUAUUUCGUGAUAGUUGGUCAUCAUGAUAAUCCCAUAUUUGAAAUGGAAUUUCUGCCUCCUGGAAAAGUAGAGUCCAAGGAUGAUCAUCGCCAUCUCAACCAGUUCAUUGCCCAUGCAGCUCUUGACCUAGUAGAUGAGAACAUGUGGCUUUCUAACAAUAUGUAUCUGAAGACUGUGGACAAGUUUAAUGAAUGGUUUGUUUCUGCUUUUGUCACAGCUGGACAUAUGAGAUUUAUAAUGCUUCAUGAUGUAAGGCAAGAAGACGGAAUUAAGAACUUCUUUAAUGAUGUGUAUGACUUGUAUAUAAAGUUUGCAAUGAAUCCAUUUUAUGAACUCAAUUCUCCCAUUCGAUCCAGUGCUUUUGAAAGGAAGGUACAGUUCCUUGGGAAGAAACACCUUUUAAGCUGAAUAAAUAACUUCCCCGAGUGAGCGCUCUUUCCAACUUUCCUGAUUAUUUGUACUGUAGUUCUUAUGGCUAUUUCUCUUUAUGUUUGAUACACAUCUUUGUUAAGAUCAACAAAUUGGAUACUAAAGGACAUUUUUUGGGCUUGUUUUUUCUGGUACAGGUAAGAACAGCCAAGCUUUUCUGGUUAAAAUGCCUAUCUUAGUAAGUUUCUUCUCAUGUGUUAUGAAAACCAAGUUUGAAAAUGUCAGGGGCUGAACAGAUACAAACUGAGAUGUGGGUAUCAACACCUAUGCAAAAUGUAAGCCUCUUCUACA